GUCUGACCUUCUCGCAAUUGCUUCUUAAUUCUUACAUUCUUCUUAACCCAUUAGAAUACAAAUCAGAUGGAUUCUCCUGGGACAGCUAUGGGUCUGUGUUCCAUUUGAGAGUUGCUGAUAGUCACGUAGGUCAGAAAGCAGUGCCAAACUGUAUACACCUCUGUGCAUAGUCAUGGUGACACACCUCCUGUACUAACCCUGAACGACUAUUUUGUGUGGUGAUGUACCCACACACGCACGUCUUCCUGGUCUUGUGUGGUCUCGGUUCGUGCAAGAAGCUAGGCUAUAUUCUGCCGUCGUUCCUUUGCGUAUUGGAGUAAAUUACAUGCAGUUUACACAAUAGGACAUAAAACAUUAUGGAUGGUGAUUUAAGCUAUUGCCUACAAUAGCAUUGUCCGUCCUGGAACGAAGGUUAAUGCUGUUCCGUUCCGUUUCUUUUGUUCUUCUGUUUUAUGUUUUGUUGACUUAAACAGCAGGUCCAUAACGGAUUUUUGAGAUCACAAUCUGAUUGCAUUGGGACUAAAAAUUCCUCGUUUAACCGGUCUGCUAAGUUUUGAGAAUUCUACCCGUCCCUGUCCGCCAAUAGAAAGCCGGAAUCAUCGCAAUUGCAGAGAAUAAGCAGAGGAGUAACAAUGUGUUCAUUUGUAAACAGACUGAAACCCGUUCUGGCCUACUCGCUAUGCUUCCAAAAAGGGUAUUCGCGUAAAGUUCCAGCCCACAUCAAGCACAUCGGCCCGGGCUUACGCACCAGCAAGCAGCCCCUGGAUUCAGUCAUCAUAAGACCGUACUGCUCCAGGAUGGAGUUCGGAAAAGGACUUUUCUUCAGGCAGCUGUUCGAGUCAGAGAGCAGCACCUACACCUAUCUACUGGCUGAUAAAGAGAGCAGGGAGGCAGUCCUCAUUGAUCCAGUACUGGAGACAGUUGAAAGGGAUUUGAAGCUGGUAGAGGAACUGGGGUUUAAUCUGAAAGUGGCAGUGAACACCCACUGCCAUGCAGAUCACAUCACAGGUACCGGAUUGCUAAAGAACAGGCUUUUCGGGAUGAAAAGUGCUAUAUCGCGGCACAGUGGAGCCAGCGCAGACAUCCUCCUGUCAGAGGGCGACAAGAUCCACUUUGGCAAACACCAUCUGUCAGUGAGGGAGACUCCGGGGCACACCGACGGCUGUGUGACGCUGGUGACCGAGGACCACAGCAUGGCCUUCACUGGGGAUGCACUGCUCAUCAGGGGCUGUGGCAGGACUGACUUCCAACAGGGCUGCUCCAGAAAGCUCUAUGAAUCAGUCCACCAGAAGAUCUUCACUUUACCUCCCCAGUGCCUCGUCUUCCCUGCACAUGACUACAAAGGUCAGACCGCCUCCACAGUGGGUGAGGAGAAGCGGUUUAACCCCCGUCUGACCAAGAGCAUGGAGGAGUUUGUGGACAUCAUGGUCAACCUGAACCUCCCCAAGCCUGCUAAGAUAGAUAUUGCGGUGCCUGCGAACUUGGUGUGUGGACUCCAUGAGGUUUGAAUGUCACUUAGAAAAUGGUUUAAUGAUUUUGCUCUGCUUAAUAUUAGGAGGAAAAGGGAAACUUAUUUUAACAAUUAAAUGCAAUAUGUAAUAUGUCAUAUCCAAAUUGAAGUUUUCAUUUUAAAUCAUUGUCAUACAAUGUAUACAUUUUCUUUCCAAUUUGAACAUUCCUCUUUGUUGUUUGCUUAUGAACAAAUCUGUGGUCAUCAUUUGGUGGGUAAAUAGUAGAUACUGAACUUGUAAAAUAACAUUAAUUAUUAUAAAUUAUCUUAAAUACUUGACAUGUACAUUCUGACUGAGUAACAUUUCUACUAAAAUCUUUUUUUUGUAGUAGUACAAUGACCCAUUUUUAUAUUUAAUCAAAUGUGUUGUAAUUAAAAUGUCUAAAUGAACUCUUUCUUUGACCACACCUUUACAAAUUGUAGAGUUACUUCUGGAACAUUUUCUGAUGGAAGGUUCCAUUCAUGGUUUAUUCAUGAAUGCUGGACUGAUGCGGUCCAUAACCACUAAAAUGACUCCCAAAAACCAACACAACCAGCAGUAAUAGCCAUGGCUACUUAGGUGCAGAACAGGGUGCUGGUAUUUCAGUUACUUGUCACCAAAGGCCUUCAGCAUGUAGAGGUCAAAUGGGCAUCCCAUGUCCAAGCAUUUCCCUUGGACUCACUGACAGCAACAAUAUCUGGUGUACAGUAUAUAAUCACCAACAUCAAGCCAACUUCCUCAUAAACAAUCAUGUUAUGAAUA